AUGGCUGACGCAGAGGCGGCACCAGCGAAGCAUUUCGUCCACACGCAGGCUUCUCAUUUCACUACCAUCUUCUUUUUCUACGCCUACGGGAACACCCCUCCCACGGAUCUUCUCCAGCAUGUGCCGCACGACGCCGAGCGUGCCGACGUUCUCAGCCUCGGCUGCAGUGACCUUCGAGAUCUACUCUAUUCUGUACUUCUGCAUGGCAGGCGGGGCGUGAGCUGCGGCCCAGUGCCUCGUCAGCUGUCGUUUACCUUGAACGACUGGGAGCCCGCCAUCCAUGCCAGGAAUCUCAUGCUCCUCCAGAUGAUCCUCGACUGCCGUGGCCUGCUAAAUGCUGAGGCCGAUGGAGUUGACGACGUCGUUCGCGGGAUGGACACCGUGGCUGUUGAUGCCGGCUCGGGCGGUCGGUCUAUCCCUGAGGCGGCAGGCAAGUCGGUGGGCAAAAGGAAGGCGGCCAAGAAGAAGACAUCGGACAAGACCGCUACCAAGCCCAGUCUUCACGGUGCGGCGUUCGCCCAACGGAUAGGCGUGAUCUUCAGCGCCAUGUACAACAUGUUUGUGGACGCUGACACACUGAAGAUGGUCCACGAAGUCGCCCGAAGGCUGGCAAGCUCAGUCGCAUCCCCCGCUGAAUGGUCCUCGACAGAACUAGGAAGAAUCGUCCGCUUCGCCGACGACCGCAGUCAAGACCGCGUGCGCGAAAUCUUGACCAACUACACCGACGAUGGGCUGCAGGAGCCGGGAGUAUUCGCCAGGAUACGAAGGGAGAGGACAGCUUUCCUCACCAAGUACAUGCCGAAGUCGAUGGGCAACAUUAUCUCUCGAGCCAUGGGUCUGUCUUCGUUCUGUCAAGGCGAAAGCAUCGAGGCGAACGCCAAGAUGAGGCGCCAAUACCUCCGCGAGGGCAUCCUCGAUCCUUUCCCGCUCCUGCUCGAGGAAGGGGUGCCCGCUAUACGCCGAGGCCCGUUCAGGAAGGUCAACCCGCUCUUGUUGGUGACGGAGAGGAAAGGCGCGGCGUCCAGCCUUCACUACGGAGCUUUCCCUCUCGACGCCUUCCACACCGACGUAUCGUGGUGGAAGGUGCGCCCCGAGAGUCUUCAGGACGAGUUCGGCAAGCUCGCGCCAAGGGUAACCAAGCACCAUGACGCCGGCUCCCACAGCGGCCCAGGCGGUCCGAAGGUCGCAAAUGGCGUGCGCCAAGACGCAUGGUUCGGCACCGCCCUGGAGGAGCUCGCCCAGAUGUGCGGUGCAUUUUUGGCGGCGACUACCACUUCGGUGUCCUCGGCAGCACCGUCCCUGGGCAUCAUUUUGCAAGUAGGGGAUGCCCUGAACUUCUGCGACGCCCUCCUGACGGCUUCACCAUCGCGGGGGGCGGCGGUAUUUGCACCAAUCUCCUUCCAGCAAGGAUCGGUGCAGCCGUUGCAUGUCCGCGCGGAUAUUUUCAGUUGCCAGCCAGAGUUCGACGUCAUCAGCACCAACAACCUUGUGGAGCACCUUGGCAUGGUGAACGUCUUGGUGGCCUCUGCGCCGCUCCUAAAGACACUGCCUCACGCCGUGCUGCUUACAAGCCUCAUGGCGACUCUGGUGAACUUGCAUCAGUAUAAGGAUCUAGCUGAUUUCCAGGCGAAGCUCUUGUGCAUGAGCUCCCAAGCCGCCGGGAUCCUGCUGGGUGUUGUUCCAGUAUCGAGUCUUUCGUCGGUGGUUGGUCACGCGGACACGAUGACCCUCGUGGCGAGCAGCCUUGGAACAAUGUUUUCCCGGCAAAAGGGGGCAUCGGAGUCAGCGCCAAGCCAAUUUCGUCUGGUGUGGAAACGGCCGUCGGCAGCGCUCGGAGAAUCCGUGGCCGCCGAAGCCUCCAUGGACGUCAGUCCGGCCGAUCUAGUCAGCCUUACCUUGCCUGUCUACAAGAACAUGUCGCCUAUGGCGGGACCGUUCGGGAUGACUCGUGAGAUGAUCAUUUCGAUGGCGACGACAGCAAACCACUACACCUCUGUCUCAUUCAUCCGGCUCUUGGUUGGGGCCGGUCGUCGGCUGCGCCUGAGCGCGACCCACUACAGAGCAGUGCUGCACGCACUCAUGAACAACAGCGGCAUGAUGUUGGCUUCAAACCUGAGCCAGGAACAGAUGGCUCUUUUCCACGCUCUGGACCUGGCACGCAUGCGUCCGUGCGACCUCGGCUCAGGACCAAUCCCGCUCGACACGCGCCGAGUGGUGCUCUUGGUUCCCAAGUCCGGACUUAGCCUCCUCCGCCACUUUCAACUCCCCGGUGUGUACCUGUCGGUGACGGGGGCGACGACACAGCAGCCGUUCGACAACCACUUCACCUGCGCCCACAUGGCCUACGUGCGGGUGCAUCGCGGCGGAGGCCUCGACGGGGAGGGCGGCGGUGGCAACGGCUGGCGUUCCCUGAACAAGUACCUGAGCGUGCGAGACGCUCGAGAAGACGACCCCGAAGCGGAGCUCAUGGUGUCCGCGUUGCUGCCGACGAUCGCACUAGUGCUGGCCGUCCCGUCGGUGACGGAGCUGCAGCUGCGGCCGCGUGAAAGUAUCGAGGUGAUUAAUGCGCCGAAGGACAUCAAGAAGAGGCUGGGCGGGGACCACAAAGUGUUCUACAAGGCGGGUAUUUCGGACGCCGAUCGGGUGGCAGUCCUGACACCUGGCGAAGUUGGCAAGUCCGCGAUGACAGCUGAAUCACCGCCACCUCUUGCUUGCCCUCAGAUUGGCGUGGCUUGCAUUCCCGACCAGGCCACAUCGGCGUAUUCCGCGCAACUAGUGCGCAACAGCACCUCCGAGGCCGCCGCCCUUCACCGGUCUCUUCACGGCGACUCGGCCAUUGACCAGUCGGUUGAGCUGAUCAAUCAAGCGGGACGGGGGAGUGACGUCCUGUUGGCGUUUAAGGUGACUCUAUUGAUGGCAAACGACCAUGCACGAGCCCUUAUGGCCGCGGCAGAAGGAGCGCCUGCGGUAGAGCUGAUCCGCGACCCCUGCUCGAUCCGCGUCAAGCUGGUGGAAGGGCUACGCCACACCGCCCGCCUCCCGUUCCCGGUGGCCAAGAGGAGCGCGAUGAAGAUCACGUUCAGCAAAAGCAAAGGCUACCUGUGCGUGACGGCUCCGCUUCUCAAGGGUCCACUCCAGGCCCCGUUUUCGCUCACGGUCUACAGCAACACCGAAGGUUCCGGCCACAGGGCCAACCCGUCGACGGUUUUCUGGCCGUCGUGCGCCCCGCUUUCGUCUCUGCCGAGGCUAGACUUCAAGGCCGAGUGGGUACACCGCAAGGUCAUGGGGGAGCUUUCGUUAACCCACGCUGAAGUGCUGAUGCGAGAUGAAGCCACGACACAGAAGAAGGGCGGGGUGGACCCGGCACUCCUCGGGUUGAAGGAAAGCUUCAUGGCCAUCGCUUCGAUGGCCUGCACGCAUCACCAGGACGAACUCCCCGUGUGGACGCACCCAUGGGUGUGCAUCUCCGAUAGUCAUCGCUUUGAUCAGCCCGCGAUCUGGUUGUGGGUGAACGAGAUCCUCCUGGACUCCAGCAACGAGGCGCUCAUCCUCGACUGCUGCGUCAUGCCGGUUGCUCGCAUGGACGAUCCAGUUUCUGCCCAGCUGAGGGAGACCAUUGCACUCCAAGAUGGCCCGAGCUUUGUCGCCUCGAAGGCCUACCCUGGCGAACUCGCGCUUUGGGCGGCAUUGCUGCCUGCAGCCGUCGAGCGUGCCCGGCAGACAUACGCUCACACUGCUGACUGCACGUACGCCUCCCCGGGUGAUGCUCCCUUGGCUCUAUGCGGCUGCGGCAGAGGCAAGGAUCUGCACUCCGAGUGCCUGCACUCGAUAGAGUUGGCCAAUGCGAUGGGAGCGCGAGUCCCUGUACACCCGUCGGUGUACAGAGCAGCGUUUUCUCCGCUUUAUGCUCCUCCGGACACGUCUUCGUUCGUCACAGUGGCGAAGACGGCCGCGGCUAGCGUUGCCGGGUCUCACAAGUGCACCAAGUGUGGAAUCAGGGGGAAAUCCUUGCAGUGCACGCGUUGCCGUAAGGUCAGCUACUGUUCCAAGGAGUGCCAACGCCAACACUGGAAGAUCCACAAGGCUGCCUGCGGCUGACUUGGGUGCGUGCGCUGACAGC